GGAUAUCUUUCAUUUACAUAAUUGAGUUUAUCAGUGUGAGUGUAUAUUCUAUGCUUAGGCCUUGUGAGUGAUAUGUAGGUAUUUUGCCAACGUCCGAGUAAAUCAAAUAAAUCUGAGUGAUAAGAUAACCCAGGGAUAACUUGGUCGAUGAUGUCGAUGCAUUCGUUCACUCGUUAAAAAAGUCCAACCAUUUCAAGUCAUCAAAAAGAACAGGUUAAAAUAUCCAAGGAAUUGGUUGAUGACAAAGUUUGCAAAAUAAUGUACCCAAGGACAGCAUUGUUGGAAAAGUAGUGGUUCUGGACGACAAAUUUGCAAUACAGAAGACUUAAGGAAUCAAGUCGGUCGCAAACCAUCUCUUAGUAAGACAUGGAACCCAAGGCUAAGAAAGCCAGGCUUACCUCGACCCGCCCUACUGUAGCAAGAUAUUUUGAAUGCGUAUCCUGUCUUGGUCGUGGUUCAUUUGGAAUUGUCAUGGAAGCAUGGGCUAAACUGGAGAGGUCUGCUUGUGCAAUUAAGUUUAUCUUCCCAGAUAAAGAGGACGACGAAGAACUGAAAAAAAUACUUCGAGAAUGUGAGAUCACGGAAAAUUUAAAACCUCACGAAAAUGUUGUAAGAAUAAUUAAAGUAUCAAGAGAUGAAUAUUCCAUUAAGGAUUUGAAUCGUGUCAUGCCAAACAAAAUAUCGCCAUCGGACAAAGGCUACUUAGGCUUGAAAGAAAGAUGGACAAUAUUAGGGGUUUCAUUGGACGAAGGCUACUUAGGCUUGAAAGAAAGAUGCAGGAAUAAGUUGAAAGGAAGUAAGACAAUAUUAGGGGUUUCAAUCCAGAUGGAGCUGUGUGGUGAGGAUUUAAGGAAAUGGCUGAAUAAUGAAAUACUGGCUCCCUCGAUUAACCUCUUACUCGUUCAAAUCCUAGUUAUAAAGGACAUGGUUGCAGGUUUAGCGCAUUUACACAAAAACAGCAUCUUGCAUCGAGAUUUUAAACCAGAAAAUGUCAUGUUCGCCAAGAGCAAUUUCACACUCCCUGUUAAGAUAGGAGAUUUCGGCUUGUGUAGAAAUUUGCGUUUGGCAGAAAGUCAAAAUAGUACUCUGACCAGUAGGAUGGGAACGGUUGACUACAUGGCUCCAGAAUCGUAUGGAAGAGAUUACAGUUUUCCAGCUGAUCUGUACUCAUUAGGGUUGGUAAUUUGGGAAGUUUGUCAACUCCUUAAGUCCAAUGAAAAGAAGCGCCUAUUUGACCGCCUUGUAAAUGAUAAAGAAGAACACCUGGUUGUAGAUCAUCUAGAGAUUCAAGGCGUCCAGCAGCUCAUCCUUGACUUAACAAAAAGAGGGGCAGGUGAUAGAAUUCAAAGCAUUGACGAGGUCAGUGGUAUAGUUGAAGCGUGGACUUUUAAAAUAAAUUUAGUUGCUCGAAAUGGUGAAGAAUUGGAGGAAUUUUUAAAGAGUCCGGUUCCUGGGUUAGUAAUAACCCUUAUCGAGGGUAUGUAUUCGGGAAAGUUUGAGACGAGAGGAGAAAAUGUCACAAUAAUCGGUAAAGGAGAACAAACCAUCAUCAAAGGUGAAUUUUAUAUUUAUGGGACUGGUAAUAAAAUUUCAAACCUCAAAUUCCAGCAGGGCGAAGUAUAUAAAGCAGGAUUGUGUUGCUUGAAAGUAUAUGGCAAUAAAAAUAAGUUCCAUGACAUUUCUCUGUCUGAUGGAUCCAGUGGAAUUGUAGUAACUGGCCACCAUAAUCAAUUCGAAGGCAUAAAUAUUUCUCACAUGAACGAUGGCAUGAUAAUUUCUGGUUCUUACAAUGAAAUUGAUCGCGUGAUACUUGAGACAAUUUUAAGUAGAUGUAUAAGCCUUGAAUAUAACAACUCAUGCAAUAACACGAUCUGCAAUGUGACAGGAAACAACAUAACAUCAGGAAUUUGUUCUAGUGGCCAGGGUAACUCAUUUAAAAAUAUUUCAUUUACAAAGGGUAAUGGAUAUGGAGGGUACGGAGUUUUAUUAUUUCAUGACGCAAAGUUCAACAAGGUGGAAAACUUCACUUGUACCGGAUUUACUGAGGAAGGUUCCGCUCUAAAUAUAUCCUCGAACAGCUGCACUGCAUUGCAUGGCAAGUGCGACUCAAUUAAGAUCGCUUCCAAUGACGUCGUAUUAGAAGAUGUGGAUGGUGGUGAAAUAAUUGAAAUUGAUAAUAAUUGCACAGGGGUUGAGUUGCGCAGGUGUGAAGCGAAAUUGCUAAGGCGAAUUGUGAGGCGAAUUCCAAAGUACAUCUUGCAGAGUCAGAAUUUGGUAGAAUAGAGAAUCAGAUCGUGUCUGAUGAAAAUUCUAAAUAGAAUACUAGACACCAUACAUGUUAUGAUUGUGUAAUUUACUGAGUCAGGAAUACAUCAUAGUUAAUAAUUAAGCCAAAUGCGAAAUAAAAUACAAACAUGUAAAACUUAAACGGUAAACCAUGGGAAGAAAUUAAAGGGUGUAGAAAUUGAUUAUAAAACUUGAUUAUUAAAAUAUUGAAACAAUUUUUAAAAUUUAUUGUCAAAUAAUUAAAGUUUUUUCUUUAUUGUCAAUUUAAUAAAGUAACCUAAUUAACCUUAA